AUGUUAAAACUUCAUGCGGAGCAGGCCGGCCCUGUGGCCCCCCUGUCCCAGUCCCAGCUGGGUGCCCUGCUGAAGGACCUGGCUGAUGUGGAGAGGCUCCUGAAGGACGUGGACCUGCUGUCUGGACUGGCUCGCCUGCUCCCCAAAGGAGCAUGCGCCGGGCAAAACCCAGUAUCCACGAGCAACGGAACGUGGCCUCUGAACACCACCACAUGGAGCAUCAACACAACAGAUGUUCCCAGAGAAGACGGAGAGGAGGGGGCAGAGGGCGGAGGGAAGAAGGAGGGGGAGGAGAAUCCUCACUCUCAGUUCUCAGCGUUUGUUCAGCUGUGGGCAGGACUGCAGCCCAUUCUGUGUGGGAACAACAGGAUCAUUGAGCCAGAGGCGCUGAAGCAGGGGAAUAUGAGCUCACUGGGAUUCACCAGCAAAGAACAAAGGAACCUGGGCCUCCUCGUUCACCUGAUGACUACAAAUCCCAAGAUCCUCUACUCCCCCAUUGGCUCUCAGGUGGACAAAGUGAUUCAGAAGGCGAAUGAGACGUUUGCGUUUGUUGGGAAUGUGACUCACUACACCCGGGUGUGGCUGAACAUCUCUGCCCAGCUCAGGACCUUUCUGGAGGAGGGCCGCCUGCAGAGCCAUCUGCUGUGGCUCCAGCAGGUACACAGUGCUGCUAAGUUGUACAGAAAUGUUUUCACCUGUUGAACAUUCUCAUUUUCUUACUGUGUUACAACCUGAGACU